AUACAACAACGACCUCUUCGGCUCGCCAACAUUAGGUCCAGUCCACCCCUCCAGCCAACCCAAGUCUCCAUCCACAAGAGCUCGAGAACCUGGCCACGAGCCCAUGACGGCAAGAAGCGGUCAUGGCCGGUGAUGAGGAGGACCACCUAGCAGACGCGCCGCGGGUGGUGGGCGUCCUCUCCGCGCUCCUGGAACGUGUCGUGGAGCGCAACGACGCGGUGGCCGAUGAGCUCGCCGCCGGGACCGAGUCCGCGGCGCCGCCGUCGGCGUUCCGGGCGACGGCGAGGCCCGACAUCUCGGUGCGCUCGUACAUGGCGCGCAUCGCGCGGUUCGCAGGGUGCAGCCCGGCUUGCUACGUCGUGGCGUACGUCUACCUCGACCGCCUCCUGCGCCGCGCCCGCAGCGCGCCCGCCGUGGACUCGUACACCGUGCACCGCCUCCUCAUCACCGCCGUGCUCGCGGCCGUCAAGUUCAUGGAUGACGUAUGCUACAACAACGCCUACUUCGCCAGGGUCGGCGGCAUCAGCCUGUCGGAGAUGAACUACCUGGAGGUGGACUUCCUCUUCGCCGUCGGGUUCGACCUCAACGUGUCGCCGGAGACGUUCGGCCACUACUGCACGGUCCUCCGGGCCGAGAUGCUGUACCUGGAGCUGGAGGGUCCUCCUCCUCCAGCCGCCAGUACAAGUCUGCACAGGUGCUGCUUGUCAGAAGACGACGACGGUAGCAGCAGCACCAGCAGCAGCUAGCUGCAUAGAGACAGGUACAGCGGUUGCUUCCAAGCAAGCAACCAUGUAUGAAUGUGUCCGUGUACACUGUACAGUACAGACAUGCUUGCUUGAAAGCAAACACGGAGUACGUGACGUAGGCAUCUGCGUGUGAUCGGUUUGCUAUCUGGCGGCUGGCGCUUAGUUGUUUUUAGCUUUGUUAUUAGGUAAUCUGUUGCUCUUGUAGUCUUGUAUAGCUGCAUUGCUGUUGUUCAUGUGGAAAUCGGAAAACCGUAAGGAACGGUAUAAAUUGCAGUCUUGGGGCAGUGUAAUUGUUUUCUUGUCCA